AAUAUUGAAAAAUUAUAGGUAUCCGCUGUGAUUGAUAUCGUAAUUAAAUGUUUGUACAAUGUUAUUAUACGGGUAGUUAUCUGCUUUGUUAUAAUAUUGUACAUUGCUGUUUUAAUUGAGCUGAUAUUACGAAUUUCUUGUGAUCAGGAUACUGGACACAAUCAUAUGUAUAAUACAUAUUUGAAGCAUUGUCAAUAAGAGAUUCAGUUUCUUUUAAGAAGAGAAGUGUGAAUAUCUAUUAAUAUUAAGAAAAACAGUUGAAAAAUGGCACAAAGUGCUUGUUUACUAUCUCGAAUAGUGGCUUCUUCUAUAACUGCUACAGUAAGAGCAGGUAAAAUUAUAAGAGAUGUUAUGGCUCAUGGAGGCCUAAAUAUAGUAGAGAAAGGCAAGGAUGAUUUACAAACUGAAGCUGAUCGUUGUGCUCAAAGGUGUAUUAUUGCUUCAUUAAGCCAGCAAUUUCCAAAUAUUACCAUUAUUGGUGAAGAAGGAGCAUCAAACUGUGAGGUACCGUCUGAUUGGAUUGUAACAGAUGUGGAUCAAGAAGUACUAAAAUUAAAGUUACCAGCCUAUCUGGAAGAUAUUGAUCCUAAAGAUGUGUGUAUUUGGGUAGAUCCAUUGGAUGGGACGUCAGAGUAUGCACAAGGUCUUGUGGAACAUGUUACAGUACUAGUAGGAGUGGCAGUUGGACAUAGAGCAGUUGGAGGUAUAAUUCAUCAGCCGUAUUAUAAAAAUACAGAAAAUGAAAUACUAGGACGUACUCUCUGGGGUAUUAAUGGUGUGGGAUUUGGUGGGUUUGCACCAACUCCUCCACCAGAAGGAAAAAGAAUAAUUACAACUACAAGUUCACAUUCAGAUAGCAAUGUUCAAGCAGCUAUAAAUGCUUUAUCUCCUGAUGAAGUUUUACGAGUUGGUGGUGCAGGAUAUAAGGUGAUACUUUUAAUGGAAGGCAAGGCUCAUGCUUAUGUGUUUGCUAGUAAAGGUUGCAAAAGGUGGGAUACUUGUGCCCCUGAAGCUAUUCUUUACGCAGUUGGUGGCACACUAACUGACUUUUAUGGAGAGCAGUAUUCCUAUAAUGCAGAAACAGCAUAUUCAAAUGACAAAGGUGUGUUAGCUACUGCCCCUGGUCAAACUCAUCAAUGGUAUUUAAAUCACAUACCAUAUGAAAUAAAACAAAAAUUAGGACAGUAGUGUCCUAUAACUUUAUAGAAAAUGUUUUAAUAUAUAUUUAAAUAGGAUAUUGAAAGAUUCUGAGAACAUGGCUAGAAUAGAAAAUUUCAACCUUUUUCUUUUUGCACUUCAAACUUUUUAUAAUUUUAGUAAGAAGUAAAUUAAAAAUAUGUUCUGAUACAAGUUCACUAAAUAUCUAUAGUUACAGCAUCUUUUAAACCUUUUUGGAACAAAUGUAAAUAUAAAGGAAGAAUAUAUUUAAAUUGGUAAUGUCUCA